AAUCUAUAUAAAAUCCGUGAAAGAAGCGAAAUGAAAUCGAAAAAUUCACUACGAGUAGUUCCUCUGAUCGCACUGAUACUCGUUUCAUUAUCAUUCUCUUCCGCUUCUGGAUCGAAAGGAUCUUUUUCUUCGGGGUUCUGUAGCGAAGAAAUGGCCACCAUUGUCGGAGGAAUUUACGAAUCCCAGGGAGUACAAAAUAGCGCGGAGAUCGACGGCCUCGCUCGCUUCGCUGUCGAAGAGCAUAACAAGAAAGAGAAUGCGAUCCUAGAGUUCGGGAGGGUUGUGAAGGCGAAGGAACAAGUUGUGGCCGGAACAUUGCAUCAUCUGACUAUCGAGGCGGUUGAAGCAGGGAAGAAGAAGCUGUACGAGGCGAAGGUAUGGGUGAAGCCGUGGUUGAACUUCAAGGAAUUGCAGGAAUUCACGCACGCCGGCGAUUCCUCCUCUCCGUUCACCUCCUCCGAUCUCGGUGCUAAGAAAGGGGAUCAUCCUCCUGGAUGGAAAGAGGUACCGGCUCAUGAUCCACAAGUCCAAGAAGCAGCAAAUCAUGCAGUGAAGAUGAUCCAGCAGAGAUCGAACUCGCUGUUCCCUUACGAACUUCAUGAGAUCGUUCAUGCAAAGGCCGAGGUGGUUGAGGAUUCUGCGAAAUAUGAGAUGCUGUUGAAGGUGAAGAGAGGAGACAAAGAAGAGAAAUACAAGGUUGAGGUCCACCAGAACAAUGAAGGUGCACUCCAUCUUAACCAUAUGGAGCCUCACCACUCUUAGACCCCGUGUUUAGGCUAUUUGAUUUCGACGUUGCUGCUUGUACUAAGACAAAUGUGUUUGUGUUUGAACUUUGUUUGGUAAAUAAUUUGAAGCUGAACUUGUGGUUUUUUAACACUAAAA